AUGGCCGACCGCUACAUCCCCGAGCACCGCCGCACCAACUUCAAGGCGAAGAGUAACUUCAAGCCUGAGGAACUCCGCCGCCGUCGUGAGGAGCAACAGGUUGAGAUUCGCAAGGCCAAGCGAGAGGAGAACCUUGCGAAGAGGAGAGGAAUCGCCACGGGCGAGAACAGGCCCGGCGCCUCGCUCGGCGCCGCUCCCGACAGUGACGAUGAUACCGCCCCCACCGAAUCACAGUUGAACGAGGACCUUCCUCAGAUGGUGGAGGGUGUCUUCUCCGAACAGAUUGACCUCCAGAUUCAGGCCACGACCAAGUUCCGAAAGCUGCUUUCGAAGGAGCGUAACCCCCCGAUCGAGGAGGUCAUCAAGACCGGCGUCGUCAGCCGCUUUGUGACCUUCCUCCGCUCUCCCCACACCCUUGUUCAGUUCGAGGCCGCUUGGGCUCUCACCAACAUUGCUUCCGGUUCCGCCACUCAGACUCAGGUCGUCAUCGAGGCCGGCGCCGUCCCCAUCUUUGUCGAGCUUCUUGGUAGCCCUGAGCCCGAUGUGCGUGAGCAGGCUGUCUGGGCUCUCGGCAACAUUGCCGGCGACAGCCCCCACUGCCGUGACUAUGUUCUCAGCUGCGCCGCGCUCAAGCCUUUGCUGGCUCUCCUCGGCGACAGCCGCAAGCUCAGCAUGCUCCGCAACGCUACCUGGACUCUUAGCAACUUCUGCCGUGGCAAGACCCCCCAGCCCGACUGGGCCACCAUCGCCCCUGCGUUGCCCGUGCUGUCCAAGCUUGUCUACUCUCUCGAUGACGAGGUCCUGAUCGACGCUUGCUGGGCCAUUUCUUACCUCUCCGAUGGAUCCAACGAUAAGAUUCAGGCUGUCAUCGAGGCUGGUAUCCCCCGCCGCCUGGUCGAGCUCCUCAUGCAUGCCUCGACUUCGGUCCAGACUCCGGCUCUCCGCUCCGUUGGCAACAUUGUCACUGGCGACGAUGUUCAGACCCAGGUCAUCAUCAACUGCGGUGCGCUGCCCUGCCUUCUGUCUCUGCUGAGCUCCAACAAGGACGGCAUUCGCAAGGAGGCGUGCUGGACGAUCUCGAACGUCACGGCCGGCAACUCGGCGCAGAUCCAGUCCGUCAUCGACGCCAACAUCAUCCCCCCUCUUAUUCACCUCCUCUCCAACGGCGAUCUCAAGACCCGCAAGGAGGCGUGCUGGGCCAUAAGCAACGCCACGUCUGGUGGCCUCCAGAAGCCGGAGCAGAUCCGCUACCUCGUGGCCCAGGGCUGCAUCAAGCCCCUCUGCGACCUUCUCGCUUGCCCCGAUAACAAGAUCAUCCAGGUGGCGCUGGACGGCCUCGAGAACAUUCUCAAGGUUGGCGAUCUUGACAAGCAGGCUGCUGGCGAGGGCCCCGACUCUAUCAACCGCUACGCCCUGUUUAUCGAGGAGUGCGGUGGCAUGGAGAAGAUCCACGAAUGCCAGACCAACGCCAACGAGGAGAUCUACAUGAAGGCGUACAACAUUAUUGAGAAGUACUUUGCCGACGAGGAGGAGAACGCCGAUGAGGGCAUGGCUCAAGGCACCGGCCCCAACGGCACCUUUGGCUUCGGUGCCAACGCCCCUGCCCAGCAGGGUGGUUUCAGCUUUGCCAACGGUGGCGACUCCAUGGACAUGUAA